GGCGUUCAUCUGGUUCUUCUCAUUAAUUGCUCUGGCCUCACACCUCACAGCCUGGUCCACAGGGAACGGAGGGAUGCAAGGCGGACUGCUCUCCAGAGUUUCUCGUCAAAUGUCGAGGUGUGCAUUCAUGUCGGAGGCCGCCAUCACUACCCAGCCUUUUUCCAUUCCCCAUGGCAUAUCCCGUCCAUCUGCAGUCCUGUCGCCGGCUGGUUGACGGGUGAUGGACAAGGCACACGCAGCUUUGAUUCUGGAGCGAACUGUACCGCCGCUACCCAACGUGGCGGUCGAUAGCUCCAGAACCAAAGCCCUUUCGCCCGCCCCCAUGCGACCAAGAAUAUGCAGAGUGCGUCCCAAGACUCGCCCUCCCUCAGCAAAGCUUCCGCCAGCUGGCAGUCUGCCCAGUCCAGCCCGCGGGCUGCAUGAUGCCGACAGCGAGGAAAGUAUCAUUGGACGCCUGGUAUCCCCAGUUGUGCAGAGUUGUGGCCCCCCUCGUAUCCCGAGAUUUCAAUACGGACCGCCCGACGCACCUUGUCGAUUGCCUUCCUUGUCGGUGCAACGACGAAACCUGGAAGACACCAGAUCGACACAACCUGGCAAGGGGAAUAACUGCCCUUCUGCACAGUUUCUGUGCAAUGCAACCCUCCGUACAUAAAUAUAGCUGCCAACCAUCCUCGGGCCGGAGACUGAGCGUGAGGUACCGGCAUGCACCUCAGCUCGGAACGGAGUACGGACAGGGCUGCCAUUCCUUCGCGAGGAUGGGACGGAUACUGCGUGCUGGUACUCUGCAUUAUGCACCCCAACGUCAUCCGCAAUCCCGUCAUCAGGCCACACUGUCAAUCACACAUGAAUCAUACCGGUUUGGUCUUGUGUCGGUCAGGUGUGUGUUGUAGACCUAAAACGCCUGUACAAUGCGUUCUGGCUGUUUUAGCUUGCAUUUGGCGGUAACUUCCUGUAGCAUCUACGCGGUUAGACUCUCGUUACUGAGUAUGCCACUGGCAAAGACACCGCCCCCAGUUUUCCAUCUCUGAGACAUGCUGUGUGUUGUUGCCAUUCCAUCUCGGUACCAGCUUCUGUCAUCGAUAACGCGCGUAAGCCGCGUUAACCUUAGCAGAACCGCCCUAUCGGAGAAGACUCACGUCCAACCUUUGGUGCUCCAACAGAGCGGUUUCCUUUCCCUUUUCCAGCAGGAACCCCAAGUUCAUGGCCUAUUCCCUGACCCCUGACAAGAUGUGCACGGAUGCGCUGUCGUGGUUUUGGAUGGCGUAUACCCCAAGCACCCUGUGCUGAAUAUGGCAAGGCCUCGGGGCUUUUGUGGUCUCCCUCGGUACGGGUGGGGAAGACGCAACCGCUUUUUGAAUCCGAAGGUGAAGAAGGAGAAGUGCAAUUGGUGCGUUCUGUGCCUCGUACUAUGCAGAUGUCUGCAUUUUUAAGUCAGGCCACCGCAGCAAUUAAUAGAACCCAUCA